AUGCUUCAGCCCCCCCCGGGAAACGCAGACACCCCCCCCACACACACACCACCACCACCACCCUCCGCGCCGGUGACGGUCGCCGAGCUGCCCCCGCCGUCCCCUACCCCUCGCCCGGCCUCCUCGCCUCCCCGGCCCGGUCGGAGGCCUCCCACCGGCCCCAGCACCGGGGAGGGAGCGGCCUCCGUGCUGCCGAGCGCUGCCCGCGCACGGCGGGGAGAGCGCGUGCAGGAUCCUCAGCAUGAGAAGAUAGUUACUGUGACUACUAAUGGAAGUAUUCACAGCCCCAAGUUUCCACACACAUACCCACGCAAUACUGUGCUAGUGUGGAGAUUAGUAGCAGUAGACGAAAAUGUAUGGAUACAGCUUACUUUCGAUGAAAGAUUUGGGCUUGAAGACCCAGAAGAUGACAUUUGCAAGUAUGACUUUGUAGAAGUUGAAGAGCCUAGUGAUGGCACUGUUUUAGGGCGCUGGUGUGGUUCCAGUAGUGUGCCAAGCAGACAAAUCUCCAAAGGAAACCAGAUCAGAAUAAGAUUUGUGUCUGAUGAAUAUUUUCCUUCUGAACCUGGAUUCUGCAUCCAUUAUACACUUCUUAUGCCACACCACACAGAAGCACCUAGCCCAUCAUUGCUACCCCCAUCAGCUUUACCGUUAGAUGUAUUAAACAAUGCCGUUGCUGGAUUUAGUACUGUGGAAGAACUUAUCCGGUACCUUGAACCAGAUCGGUGGCAACUGGAUUUGGAAGAUUUGUACAGGCCAACAUGGCAACUUCUUGGAAAGGCAUAUAUUCAUGGGAGGAAAUCAAGAGUGGUCGAUCUCAACCUCCUAAAGGAGGAGGUGCGGCUGUAUAGUUGUACUCCUCGCAACUUUUCAGUGUCACUGAGGGAGGAGCUGAAGCGAACUGACACCAUCUUCUGGCCAUUGUGUCUUCUGGUUAAACGUUGUGGUGGAAACUGUGCCUGUUGUCAUCAGAGUUGCAAUGAGUGCCAAUGUGUACCAACAAAAGUCACCAAAAAAUACCAUGAGGUUCUUCAGCUGAAGCCAAGGAUUGGCGUCCGGGGGUUGCAUAAAUCAUUGACAGAUGUACCUUUGGAACACCAUGAGGAGUGUGACUGUGUGUGCAAAGGGAAUACUGAAGGAUAAACAUGAUUUAAUUGUGCUGUUUUCUUUCAAAGCACAUUCAAUCAAUGGCUGAUUCUAUUAUGGGGCUUGUGCAUUAUCUCCUUCUGUAAUCUCAGUUGUUUGCUUUGGGGAUCUUCCAUCUUCAAGAUUUACAGUGAGCUCUAAAAAGAGGAGAAGCCAAACUGGGAUUAUAUGUUGUGUGACAGCUCUGUUUGGAGGCCCAGUGAAAGGAUGGGAGAAAGGCAUCAAUGAGGGAUUUAAAAUAUAUGUAUUGUUUUUGUCCCCCACAAUUUUCUUGACAAUACAUGGAUUUAUAAUUUAGGAGUAAAAAUAAAGUUAGAAGGCUCACAUCAUGGAGACUUGAUCCUGCUGGCUGUCUCAUUUCUACAGCUCCAGUACAUCUGGCCUCUGGUUGAAAACACCUGAAAUCUUUCUUUCUGUGUUCAACUACUCCUAUGUACUCUAACUCGAAGCGUUCUCUGUUGUAUAAACUUGGGUUAAAACAGACUAUCUUUUUCCAAACUAAACUUAAUUUGUCUAA